GAACCGGAAGUGUCCUGUUGCCCUCCACUAGCUGCCGUCCCUGUGUUGUCAGGAAAGCUGUAGGACGAGUUAUCUUAAAUCAUGGUGUUCGAGGAGAAAAUGAUCUUAAACGGAGACCCAGAGGAGGAGGAAGAGGAGGAGGAAGAGGAAAUGGUGGACCCGAUAGAGAAUAUCAGGCAGAAAUGUGAAGAGACGGAGCACUGUGUCCAUGCGCGCGAGAAACUUGAGGUGUGUGAGACGAGGGUAGGCUCACGGUCGACUGAAGAGGACUGCACUGAGGAGCUUUUCGAUUUCCUGCACGCACGGGAUCACUGUGUGGCCCACAAGCUCUUCCACUCACUCAAAUGAAGCUCCUCAGAUACUCAUCACUUCUUCUUCAUGACUGUCCUGUCAGUACCACUAAUAAAGUUGUUAUUUAUAGGCAGUGAGGUGAUUGCUGACAUUUUUUUUUCCAACUGAGACACCGUACUGUACCUAACAGUGUGCCCAAUCUGCUUCUGAUGAUUUGUGAUUAAAAUGUUGUAAAGUGUACAUCUCUGAAAUAAAUACCAUUCUA